CUUUUCAGCAGAUUUUAUGUUAUCACUAAAUCUAUAAAUUAUUUUUUUCCGUUAUUUUUGCUGCUGAGUUGGGAUUUAUUCUAUUAAGUUUUAUUUCCAUUUUUGGAGGUCUGAAUUAGUUACUGUUUCAGAUGUUUGUUUCUGUAAUGAAGUUGUUGAGCAUGGUGAGACUGUUGCUGAUGAUGCUCUUCAAGUAAGUCAAAAGGGGUUAACCAUGCAUCAUGCAUCAUAUUAGACGAAUCCACCUUUAUAGAGAACAUGAUAAAUAUUCGUAACUAAUUAAUUACGAAUGACAUAAAUGGCAUUAAAAUAUUAUUCUGUUCUGGUGAAAGAUGGAAUCUCCGCAUGGUCACAACAUUAGUAGAGGAGGUCCAAUUAGAAGGAACUUUAUUAUAAUAAGUUUAUUGGAAUCUUGCAAAUGGCAAUUCCUUAAUAAUAUUAUCAUCAACUUUAAAGGAAAAUUCUCAGUGCAGUGGAGCUCUAUGACUUGUAACCAAUGGAGAGGAGAAGAGGAUUGUCAAGUUGUUGGUUCCACUUUGAUGAAAGAAGCCAUGAAGAAUAUUUUUCUCAUUAUUGCAAACAACUGCUCAAUAAAUUCUUUGAUUGUUUAUCCAUUAUUUAAGGAGAUAUUGCCAGAUUCAAGUAAACUCAAUAUGGGUGUGCUUGUACAUGGCCCUAAAGGCAAUUUUGCUUGGAGAAUCACCCAUAAGAUGUUGGUGUGUGAUAGUGAAAUUUUUAAACAAAGUUUUGGAUUUUAUUCCAUCUGACACAAUGUUAAAAGCCAAACCGGAAGUUACAUGUGAUGAGUAUAAUGGAUAGAGGAAUUUAAAAAGAGGGUGAGGAACAUGAAGAUGUAUAUUAAUAACUUGUUGGAGGUGAACUGUAGUAAUCACUUACCAUAUAGAAAGAUUCUGAUUUCACUUCUAGAUUACUUGAAUGUAUAAACAAUGGCGAACUUAAAUUUUUGUAUGACUAUAAGGGUAUGGUUUCAUUAACACAUAACAGUGAGGUCCGUUAAAGUCCCUCGUUCCUGCAUCAUGUCAUUGUAGCCUUAUGCCUUUCUUCAUCUAUUUCAAGUGGGCAAGUAAAAUUGAAGGUUGAUAUACCAGUAUCUAAUGUCAGAUCGAGCAUGCUUACUAAAAUUAUGACUGUAGGUUAAAGUAUGUAUGAAGAAAAGAAAACUUAAAAAAAAAAGAAGAAAAUCUCGUGGUCCUCAAACGAUAAAUUUUUUAAAGCCUUCUAAAAAGAUGAUGUCUGACCUAUUUGUGGAACUUGAAUGGAUAUUGCACUAAAAUUCCUAGAAUUAAGACAACGUAUGUUAGAGAUCUAUGAUUUCAUAACAUAAAGAUGCAUGCAUUCCUGAUAUCUGUCAGUCAUAUGUAUGGUGUGACAUGUGAUUAAACUAGAAGAGUAGAAAAAUUCUUGUUUAAUAGCGAAGCUUCGUACCAUUAGAAUUGCCUUUUCAACAUGUGUAAGAAUAGCUGAAUCUAAGAUGAUGCAUAAAUUGAACUCCAACAACAUACAUUAACAUGGUAUUCUCGUAUGUAUCAGCAUAAUAAGUAUUGCAAAGCUGUAUGUUCUUGUCACAAAUCACAUCAUCUAGCCUACUAUCUCCACUAAGUGCUGACACGAUAUAAAAUGAAGGUGAUAGCUUAUAAAUCAAGUGAACAUCUCAUUUUGAUUAAUUAUCUUUAACUUUCUUCCACCUUAUUCCUUUGCUCUUCCUUCUUUUGCACUUCCUCGGCUCCUUAGAACUUUAUCAAAAUGCUGCAAAUAAAGAAAAUGUUCUUCAUGUUGUCAUACCAGCACGAUCCAACUUAAUUGAUCUAGUAUAUAGCAUUGGUAUAUCUUAAACAUUGAAUUACUCUGCCUUAAUGGAUUUUACUUAUGAUCUAGCCUUGAACUGGUUUGAGUUCCUAAUUAAGUUGUAGUGCUUAGGACUUUUACAAAUACAAACUUGUCAUACCAUACAAGAUAUUAACUGAUGUUUAUUCCUUGCAUGAGCUAUUUGCUGCUUGAUGAUGAUGUCCUUUCAGUUGUUAAAACUUCUAAUGUACUAUAGCUCAAGAUUGAAAAGUAGGGAGAUACCUGUCUUAUUAAAAACUAAGUUGAUAGAUAAAUUGCUAUUAUCCUAUAUUAGAUAUAUUGAUCUUUUACAAGUUCCACUGGUUGUUGUAACUAUGGAUGGAGGUGCAUCACUAAUGGACAGUCGCGUACUUCUAUCCUUUGACAUAACAAAUCCUUGAUUACUGACUGAUCAUACACUCUAAGCUCACAUUAAUUUUUAAAAAAGAAAAACAGAGAUCGAAAGAAAAAGAACAACUGUGAUCGUGGCAAUUGCCUAGAUGUUCAGAUAUUUCAUUAUGUAAUGCCGACUUGCUUGAGAUACUCAAUGACUAUAUUUGUGAGAACCAUUUGGUAUUCUCAGUUAAACUUAUAGUACCAAUCCAGGAUAUCUGCUAGGUGCCUGCCGCUUGGCAAAUGGUGGCCAAUACGCUUACGGGCAUGGAGAUUGUCGUCACUUCAAUCUUCUAAUGGUGCCUUCUCAUAGUUUAUGAUUUAUCUGGUUUGUACCCGAACAUACAGAUGUAAGCUUUGGUUUUGUUAAGAUGUUGCUUGAAAGACCCAUGGAGGCGUCCCUAGAUGCAAGUUAGUGGUGGCCCAUGCAGCUAUCCUCAAGCCCCUAGGACUGGAACAUUGGAGCACAAUUAAAUGCAUGUUGGUAUAAGGUGACACUAUAAUCAUCAAGGCUUCAGAUAUGACUUAGCAGAUUAUUUGGAGUGGAGUAAAUUUUUUGAAGGGUUUGUCUUUGAUUUUUCACUUAGGCAAUUAUUAGGUAUCUUAAUUCUUAACAUAUGAUCAUUUAAAUUUGAGGGAGUGAUGGUGGUGACCUGCAGGCCAAAUCAGGCAACUAGAUUUUAAUUAUUGUGAAUUUGUUGCAAAUGCAUUACUUUGGUAAAUAAAGGGCAUCGUAAUCCUUGCCAAAUUGUGUCAACUAAGCCCGUGGGCCAUGUGGAUCUAGGGUCUGUCUGGAUAUACCCAAUUCUUAUCGUUCGUGGGAACCAUAGAUUUUUUUGUAUUGGACUGUACUACCUGAUAUAGGAUGUACUGUAUUGGUAGGGUACUGAGAGUCGAUACCUCACUUGUACCAAGUGUCGGUACUAAGGUAUGUGCCGAUACUUGGUUUGAGCAAUUCCCCUGAUGGUUGGUUGUUAGCCACCAUGACUGGAUUAUGAAAUUAUGUCAAUAAUGCCAGUAUGUUGCUAUUAAAUCUACAUGGUUGGUCAAAAAGUUCUUUCUCCUAGUUGAGCACAUGAUUCCUCGGUGGGUUCCAUAUCUUGGUUACCAUGUAGGGCUGUGACAGGCUGAACUCUGACCAGGCUGCCUGUCCAAACCAAAGCAUUUGUUGAAGAUCCACAGUCCAGUCAAACUCAUGAUCAUGAUAAGCUCCAGAAUAAGCCCAAAUUUCCUGGUUAUAACCUUGGUCGAAAGAAAUAGCCUAUGAGCACUAAGAUACUGUUCAUAGUUCGGAAUGGUGAUACUACUAUUUUCUUGGUAUGUGGCAAGUAACUAAAGUCCGGAUCUGGUUUUUUGUUUGUUUGUUUCUAUCCAGUAUGAGAUAGAACUUGAUCAAAAUGAUCAUUCGACUUGCUAUCUGCUUCCACUCCAAAAGAAAAGCAUACUUUAUCAAGAUGUCAGCAGUUUUCUAGAUAUUGUCUGUGGUGUUAGAUUGCCUUUGCCUUGUAGGGAAGUAAGUCAAGUUGUUGGCACGUGGGAGUGAAACACAAACAUCUUUCUUUCUUGUACUUCCUUUUGAGAGAGCGGGCAGUGGUUGGUAAGAGCCAAUAGAUGGCAACUCAGCAGGAGAGGGCUGGGCCCGAUGCCAGUGCGAGGCAAGGAGAGAUUGUGAUCCCUGGUGGAGUCUGUGGCAAGAGCCUUGAGUCCCAAGAGCAUCUGGCUGAAGGUCGUAGCUUUGGAGGGCAAACAUGGAGGGAGCAGCUGGGGGCAGAGGGCCGCAAGGGCAAGUUCAGCACCAUGGAUGAGUCCCGAGGGGAGCGUGCUGCCAUUGAAGGGAUCAAUAUCCAUGAGUCCGAGUGUAGGUCGUAGAGCAGUAUGUCUGACUGUAGGGGGUGGACUAAUAAGAAUGGUUUAGUUGUAGUUAGGAGUUGGUGGCAGGGUUGGUUUUUCUGUUUCAA